CUGUCGAGAGAUCCUCAGCUGGCCACAAGAUCGAGCACUGCUCCGACCCUUUAUUACUCUCACUAAAAACAAACCAUAAAAAAUAAAAAAAAUGCCGUUUCCAGUUUCUUUAUUGCUCCAACCCUCGUCUCCUCUCCUCUUCUCCCUCUCCUACCCUUCUCCUCCUUCUUCCUCCUCCUCCUCCUCCUCGUCCUCCUCCUUUCGCUCUCACCUUCGCCUCGCCGCAAUCUCGUCUCUGCGCCCGAUGCGCCGACGCGGGAGGAGGAGUCCCAAUCUCGUCGCCCGCCCCGCCGCCGCUGCCGGGGACUCCGAGCCCUCGGUCGCCGCCGCAGAUGAUAAGAGGGUGGCUCCGGACCUUCAAACACUUUUGAGAAGAUUCUGGAAAGUUGCUGCCCCCUACUGGUCAUCGGAGGACAAAGUCCAAGCCAGGCUAAGGCUUGCUGCUGUAUUCGCUCUCACCUUAGGAACCACAGGCAUAAGUGUUGGAUUUAGUUUUCUUGGUCGCGACUUUUAUAAUGCACUUGCUAACAAGGAUCAGGAACAAUUUACGAAGCAACUUCUCUACUAUUUAGGGGGUUUUGCUGGAGGAAUCCCGUUCUUUGUGUUAAGAGAUUAUGCAAGAGAAACCCUUUCUCUAAGAUGGCGAUCUUGGAUGACGAGCUACUACAUGCAACGAUAUUUUAAGAACCAAACAUUUUACAAGAUCCAGUCUCAGUCAAUAAUUGACAAUCCAGAUCAACGUAUUGUCGAUGAUCUAAGUUCAUUCACUGGAACAGCACUUGCAUUUUCUUUGACUCUUUUUAAUGCUGCCGUCGACUUGAUAUCUUUCAGCAACAUUCUUUAUGGAAUUUAUCCACCAUUAUUUGUCGUGCUUCUUGUAUACUCUCUUGGGGGCACAGCUAUUAGUGUCUUCCUUGGAAAGGAUUUGGUCUCUUUAAAUUUCAUGCAAGAGAAGAAAGAAGCUGAUUUUCGUUAUGGACUUGUACGGGUUCGAGAAAAUGCAGAAUCCAUUGCCUUUUAUGGUGGUGAGGGAAAUGAAUUGCAACUUCUGCUUGAGCGUUUUAGAAGGGCUUUUGAGAACUUAAGUCAACUGUUGAUAGCUUCUCGGAAUCUGGAUUUUUUCACCAAUGGCUACCGCUACUUGAUUCAAAUUCUUCCUGCUGCUGUUGUUGCUCCGAUGUAUUUCUCAGGAAAAAUAGAGUUUGGAGUGAUCAACCAAUCUGUCUCUGCUUUCAACCAUGUCCUUAGUGAUUUCUCUCUCAUUGUUUACCAAUUUCAGGCAAUCAGUGCAUUCUCUGCUGUUAUUGAUCGUCUAGGUGAGUUCAAUGAUAUUUUGGAUGAAAGCCAGCCUUCUAUUAUAGCUGAACAUGAUAGCAAAGAAGAGAUAAACAUUCUUUUCAAAGAGACUACCUCUUCAUUGAGUUCAAAUGGAUCUGUGCCUCACGCUGAGUUCCAAAAGCUACUAGAGAUUCAGAAUUUAACAUUAGAAACACCUAAAAGUAGAAACGUUCUCAUUACUGACCUAUCUCUGGAGAUCAACAACAGAGAUCACUUGCUGGUGAUGGGACCCAGUGGGAGUGGUAAGACUUCAUUCUUACGCGCUCUAGCCGGUCUUUGGAGCAGUGGUCAUGGGAAUAUCAUAUUUUACGUGAAAACUGGUAGGCAACCUCAAACAAGUUCAGCAGGUACUGGCUCUUCUGAACCAAUGAAUUCACUGAAGAUUGAUGAGCUUCAGAGACCCAAAAACAGAAGAGCUGGUGGCGUGUUUUUCCUCCCUCAAAGACCAUAUAUGGUUUUAGGGACACUUCGCCAGCAAUUACUUUAUCCAACAUGGACUGAGGAUACAUGCCUCCCAUCAGAUGAACGUCGGAAUUCCGGUAAUCUGCCUUUCUUGUGUCAAGUAUCACCAUCACUAGAUAUACCUGAUAAGCCUGAGAUGCCCACGGUUGAUGAUCUGGUCAGAGUGCUUGAAGCUGUUCGGCUCGGGGACAUCUUGUCUCGUUUUAAUGGCUUGGAUUCCAUAUAUGAAUGGUCUAGUGUUCUUUCUCUUGGCGAGCAACAGCGUCUUGCUUUUGCUCGACUGUUGCUUGCAAAGCCCAACUUGGCUUUAUUGGACGAGUCUACAAGUGCAUUAGAUGACGCCAAUGAGGCUCAUCUGUACAGGCAGAUCAAAACAGCGGGGAUAACAUAUAUAAGCAUCGGUCACCGAACGACACUUUAUAAAUUCCAUAAGAGGGUCUUGUACAUAUCAAAGUCUGAUUCGCCUGAUAGUGGUGGUCGUAACUGGCAUCUCGAAUCUAUAAACCCGAAGACUACACUUGAAGAGGCAGCUUCGCCAUACUAAGAUUACAAGACCUUUACCAUUUUCUUGAAAAUUAAGCCUAUACAAGAUACCACCAAAUUAUGAAGCAGAUGAGCGAAAAAGAGAAGUGCUUUUCCUAUAUGAAGUUGGAUUUCGAAUUUCGGCGGGAGUUUUCUCGUAUCAGUUCUCUCUUUAAGUCUUUACCCUCAGCCAUGAAGUGCUUAGGUACGUAGAACUGCUUCAGAUGAAAAAUGAGUACUUGGAUUAUAAUUCUUCUUUGAAGAUCUCUGCAACAUGAUGAGCUAGGGAUUGUCUAUUUACAAGGCUGGUAAUGAUUAAUUCUGGUUCUCGAGCCAAAAACAAACUUGUAUAAUUUGUCUUUUGAUAUUUAGUAGCAUUAGGAGCCACCAAAUACCAUACCUCUAGAUAAAUGUAAUAGUAUUUACUGUGUACUUUCAAAGCCAUCUUCUCCCGGACAAAGACAAAACUAUCUAUAACUA